AUGGCAAAGGGAAGCGCGAAGAAGACGGCCUCGGGCAACACGUUCCUGCUCACGUUGCUACGCAAUGGAUUUCUCGCGACCAACACAAUCUAUCUAUUGGUCCGGUUUUGGCUUUUCCGAUCGAGCGUCACCAAAGGCACUGUCUUCGGCUAUGUCGUCUCGGAAGUCAUCGCAGUCGGUCUGUGGCUCACGCUGCAAAGCAUGGCUGCACAGGGAAACGACCUACAGCAGAGCGGUCUUACACAGUACAUGUUUGAUAUUAUCUACGUGACCUGGUUCGUGCAACUGGCUUCGCUGGUCUGGUCCAAGUUUUGGUACCUUUACCUGAUCAUCCCGGGCUACGGAGGCUACGUCAUUUACCAAAAGAUCCUGCUGCCGUACCUUUUCCGCGGCCAAAGCCCCUUUGCAUCGCUCCAGGGUCUGCUUGGCGGGUCACGCGGAGCAGGCGCGUCAGGUGCAAACGCAAACGCUCAACAGCAACCAGGCGAAGCCCUCUCGAAACGUCAGCAAAAGCUGCAGGCUCGUGCAGCGAAAGGCGACCCACGAGUGCAGGUGCGACAGCGUUGA